AUGGCGUAUUCGACAUCAACGCCUUGCGGACCUUUUCGCUAUCCCGCUGAGAAAAUCAUCGACUAUGCCAUAAGUGCAGCCAAGGGCAAGACCAAACCAUGUCUGAAGUACGCUGGGCAUGAUGAUGCUUAUGCAUCAACCAUUUCUAUUGCACAGCACUCUUGGUUGAUGGCUGCAUUAUGCCUUGGCCUACCUUCCCAUAUUGAUGAUUCAAAACUAGACAUAAGUCACUGUAUACAACUGUCGGUAGUGUAUGGAAUGAUGGAACUCAACGAAGACCUUUGCCGAUACAAUUCCGCGGAGGGCCUACUCAAAGAGCUCAAAGAGGGCCAAACCUUGGCAAGCCGAAUAGUUCUAGAGGUCGACAAAAUUGCAAUGUCCCUACUAGCCCGGCGCGAGAUCAGGCUGCCGCCAUUUGUCUUGCUUCAGAGUUGGGCCGAAGAAAUCCUUCGUAAGCUUCCCAUGGAUCAAGAGUACAAUGGAACGGCAGGCUUGAGCAAACCUGUGGGAUGGUCUGUGCAGUACCAACUUCAAGCAAAAGAUUUGCCAUGCCCAAGAGAUCAUGAAAAAAGUCUGGCCGUUUUCGCGCGUGUCGCUGCUUAUCUUCUGAGCUUGUCGCGUCAGGGUUGGGUGGAUAACUACAUACCGGAACCAGAGACAGUUCCUGAUCAUUCGUGGUUGAUGGCUGUACUGUGUUUUAUACUUGCCGAAAAUGAGACCGUGAUCAUCAAGUACGCUGUGCAAGCAUGUAUAGUUCACGACAUAGCCGAGUCUCUGGUGGGCGACAUUACAUACCGAGACGGAAUCUGCAGAGAAGAAAAGUUUGCUCGCGAGAGCCAUACAAUAGACUUCUUACAAAGCCAGCUUCCAAACCACUCACCUCUCAAGUUAAGUUGGGAUAGGUUUGAGAGCGGAGAGACCCUCACUUACAAAAUUGCUAAAGAUCUUGACAGAGUAGAUUUGGGGUUACAAGCGUACAUCUACGAGAGACGGUAUGGGAAGAAACUAGAAGAAUUUUUCCACUCGGCCUCAAGGGUGAAGACCUGCCCUGAACUGGUCAAGGAGAUCAAAGCAAAGAGGGUUAUUGAAGGAGUUGGGACUCUGGAUCCCACCAAGGAACAGAAGCUUAACGAAUACUAUGGGCCAUAG